CACUGAAUAAAAUGUAUUAGGAAUGCCGUUAAAAUAACUGGAAGCCCGUUAAAUAAGAAUGUUUGCAGAGUUUAUUGCACUGUACACUCACCAGAAGACAAAGAAGGCAAAGACAUGGCAAGAUGGAGUUUUAAAGAUAAGCUUUGAUGGAAAUAAGGCAACAUUAUUUGACGAGAAAGGACAGAAACUGGAUGCUGUGUACCUCAGAGGUCGAAAGGUAAAACCAGGCGAUGAUUUGGAAAGUGACAGAUAUUUGAUCACGGUGGAGGAAGAGAAAGUGACUGAGAACAGCUCCCCUGACCAGCAUGGGCCCAAAGAGAUUUCUAAACAAAAUGGAAGGCUCUAUCCUCCAGUAACUAUGAGGCAAAAUCUACCUGUGGGAUUGAAAAGAAAAUAUCCUGGAUACCGGGGUCCACAACAAAUUCAGAAGAAACCAGCAACUGAGGAAAAUGAAGUAUCAAGUCUCAAAUUUCAGCAUAACAUCUCAUCGAAUUUAUUGCAUAACACAUCACCUUUGUUUUCUAUCAAAACUCCUACUACUUUAGCCACAGGUUUUCAUGACAAUACCUUUAGUGCUAAUGUAAAACCUGAGCAAUUGGAGCAGAAUCUCUCAGUCCUCUCCUUACCUGCACCCACAGUUGUGUCUUUACAUCAAAAAACAAACAAUAAACAGAGACACUCAGUUUAUACUGAAUCUAGACACCAACCAUCUAAUGACUUAUCAGACCAAGACAACACUACAGGAGUUAUCCAAAUAACAGAUGGAAACUAUCAGCCCACCCAUGCAAUAUCUAAAGGCAUAAGAAGCAAAGCACAGAUUUUAGCACUACUUAGAUCCAACGCAUCAAAUGUUACAGCUUUGGAAACAUCUAAUACUGGCCAACACCAGCCUUUAAAAGAUACAUCUGGUCCUGCAGCGUUUUGUAAUCAAAACAAUCGACUGCUAGCUCAGGAUACCCGCUCAACUGAUUUGGACCAAGUGACACAGAAAACUACAAAUACCAUUGUUACAAGCAGUUUGAAUGACACAAGCUGCUGGAAUUCUGAUUUUCUAGAAGUCUCAACUGAACAGGAAUAUGAAGGAAAUGACCAAGAAAACAUUAAGCAAGGUGAACAAAAGCCAUCUUGCGAUCUCAUUAGUCACAAUGACAAUACUCUUGUUCAGACUCCUGCCCAGUCUUUAACAGAGAAUAGAUUUAAACAAUCAGAGGGUUAUUAUAAUGCAAUUCCACAUAGAAGUCGUUGGGAAUCAUUUUUGCCAGACAAGAAACAAGACAAUGAGGAAUGCUUCUCUCCAGAUCAUGAACCUUUGGGAAAUGACAUGCCUGUUUUUCAAACCUCAGCUCCACCACCUCUUGAUCAUCCUCUGGAGGACUCAGCGGAACUGGUUGCAAUAGAUCUCAUUGAGAAAAACAUGUGUCCUACCCAAGGGCACUCGUACAAUAAUAAGAAUGAGAAUGUAUUCGCACAAGAUAAUAAAUCAGAGAAGCCAGUCCUUGUGGAAAUAUCAGAAUUGCAAGGCACUAAGUCUAAAGAGUGUUUUGAAGGUGUGUCAAGUUCAUCUACAUCUUACAGUCCAGGUAAGGAAGACUUCCCUUGUCUAAACUUCAGUUUUCUGGAUGACUUUGACCUGGAUAAUAUGAAAGAAGAUGAAGUGCAGGAAAGUUUGCCUUGUAGCAUGUUAGCCGAUGGAGAUGGAGGAUCUAAUUCUCAAGAAUUUGUAGAGAAGAGGUCAGUGGUAAUAGAGGAAAAGGUUCUGUCUGAUCCAUAUAAAUGGGUUGACGAUGUGUCUGUAGGGGAUGAGGUUAGAUUGGUUAGUAAUGUCAUUAUGAGUGACUGUCAUGCAAAAAAUACAGUUGGUCUGAGAGAGCCACUGGUUCUACCACCUACAUCUGCCACAGUUGCUGAAAUCGCAAGGCAUUCAUUGGAUUUUAACAAUUCAGAAGUGAAGUGCCAUGAAAGUGAAGAAAAUGAAAGACUUUCUCAACAUUUUGAGAACAUUGCUGUCGCCACCGAUGAGUUCAGCACAUGCCUUAAAGCAGACAGUCAGGUGAUAAGUGGGCAAGAUGGUCCAUAUAAAAAGGAUAUUCAUCCAUCCCAAGAAAAUAAUGGAGAAGAGGAUAUCUAUGAUAUAGGUAUUGAAGACUGGCCUGCAAACUGGAGUGAUGUGGAGCAACAUUACAAAAACUCAGUGGACCAAGCAGCGACUUUAGAUAGGCUUUCUGCCUCACCUAGCACCCCACGUGGGGAUUUACAGACUCCUAAGAUUCAAGAAAACACAAUGGAUAUAUAUUGGAACGAAGCUGACAUCAACAACUACUCUACUUCAAUUCAAAAUUCCCAUGAAGAAAGGAGUCAUUUAGCUAUAGUUAAUAAAACUGAAAGACCUCCAGAAUACAUGCUGCAGAAACUGUCGUCUUGUUUACAGGAACAAUUUUCAGAUCAGCCAGGUGAAAUGAGGGAACCUUUAAUAACCAAAUCAGUUUUAAAACAUCCAGAAUAUAAGGGCAGCAGUGGGACUGGAUACAAUGCUAAUGCUUCCCAAAAGCGCUCUCUUCAUGGACAUGAUCACCUUUCACUUCUAAAAACUCUUUCUGAACACAGCACUGCAUUGGAGAGCCUAGAAAUGUUCAGAUCUCCAGAUGAAGAGUUCAGGAUUCAAAGGCAAAUCAAGGAACAGUUAUGCAGCUCUGUUAUGAUUGAUGCAGGUGAGACACAGGAAUUGACUCAAAUGACACAAAAAUUGUCUCCAUUUCAUGAAGCACCUGCAGAAAAGCUAGCUGAGUUUAGAGGGCACCAGGUAAUGGGAUCUGCAGCUAGUGACAUAGUGAUCAGGAUGCCACAGGAUCCCUUUGAGUCUGAGGAAGAGGGCUAUUGUAGAGUCUCUGAUGAGGAUCAGUUUAUAUUAUCACCAUUGUCAUGCAGAAGUCCUUCCCCCAAUGAUUUUUUUAAGUUCACAGGUUCUCAAGAAGUGGAAUUUUGCUCUGAAGAAGGCUGGGACAAUAAUGCGAGUAUUAGUUUUGCUGGGAACACCAGUUACCCAAGAAUAGGAGAGUUGAUUCCACAGUCAAAAGCCCCAAGCUGGCUUUCUUGUUCUGCAGACUCUGAUUUUGAAUCAACACAGUGGUCAUCUUGGGAACCAUCCAAGAUCAUGUCACCAGCACAGAUGGUGCCUUCACUGAGUCCAGAACCAGGGUCUUUGUUUGGGUUACUCUGCUCUUAUGAAGAGGGUCAAGGGCAAGUAGCCUAUGAUUCUUUAAUCGAAAGAGCACCAUUGAGCAUUGCAGGGUCCAACAUGGGUAGCGUGUCAACAGGUUCAAGAAUCAAUAGGGAUGCUGGAACCAAUUCUGCGUUCAGACCGAGAACCCCGAUAGUCACUGCUCCAUUGGCAGCGAGUAGUGCUGAAGUACCUCCCGACUCGGAUGUCUUUUCAGAUGUAAAUGAGUGCAACGAGGUUGAACAGCACUCUGAAAUUUCCUCCUUGAACAGCUUCCACAAGUACUCACCUAGCCUUUCUCUGGGCAGAGUCAGGCCUGGGGACAUAAAAAGCAAAAACGCCUUCUGCAAAGAGACCAUUGAAGCAAGUACACAGGAACCUACAUUGUCAACAAUACGCAGUGUGACUUCCCAGGACAGACAAAGUAAAUGGCUGAAGUAUCAAAACACUUCCCCAUCUGAUCGAAUUGCUCAAAACAGAGGUGAAUGGUGUGGAACGGCACAGGAUGAGAGUGGGGAGAGAAAGGAGGCUGUGAUGCAGAAAAGCGCUGCUGAGGAUUGUCUUAACAUCCACCGGAUAAAAGAGACACUCGUUAAACAGCAGAGACCUGCUAACGGACAAGGUGUAAUUGAAGGGAAUCGCAUCCAUUCCCUAAAUUCAGGCCCCACUUACCCAGACUAUAAGCAGCAGGGUACUUCAAGAGCACAGAGGGGGCCCAGUGUUUCUCGAGAUUGUCAGAACAUCGCUGUUGCUGAGUUAUCCUUUCCCCGAGAAAGUGCUGUGAAAGAUGUCAGUCUUCCGAAGAGAGAGAUUCAUAUACCAGUUGUCUUUCAGUCACAUGCCCAUUACAAACAAGUAUUUACAGCAGCACUGACAGAACACCUCAAUAUCCUGCUGUUUGACCUCUCCCAGAGUCUUCACAGAGCUUUGUCAAAAGUCGAUAUAUCCUCAUAUACCUCGGUGAAACCAGGCAGAGAGAACAAGCAGGACAGCUUGGUUCCUUUCUGUCAGCACCAGCAGCCUUCCAAACUGGUCAUGGUAAAGAAGGAGGGUAAGAACAAGGGUAGAUUCUUCUACACUUGCGAUGCUUCUAACCAAGAUAAGUGCAGUUUUUUUAAAUGGUUCGAUGAGGUGAAACCAGGCAGUUCAUUGAAAGUUGGAGAGUCACAGGAUAAAAUGAUUCUGUCCGAUGUGAACAGUAUGUCAGCCUACAUCAGAAGCCAGCAUAUACCAUUGUAUAGCCAGUGCCAUCUUAUGGUGAGGAAAUCCUUUGAUUUUCAAAGAAAGCAGUUCUACAAAGGAAAAUUAAAAAAUCAUAGACGUGACGUUUCAGAAUUGACUGAAGAAGCGAAACCCAGACUUUAUCUCAGGCUAAGCAGGAAAGAGACCUCCUCAAGUUACAGCAAAGAUGAUCUCUGGGUUGUAUCAAAAACACUGUUGUUUGACCCCUUGGACACGUUUAUUGGCUAUAGCGCUUUCUUUGGACCAUCCUCAAGCAAUGAAUUGGAGAUUGUGCCUCUAAAAGGAUACUUUCCAUCAAACUGGCCCUCAGACAUGGUUGUUCAUGCAUUGCAUGUUUGUAAUGCCAGCACUGAACUCGCAGCCCUAAGAAACCUGCAAGAACACUUUAACCCAGCCUCACUACCUCUUAUACCACGCUUAUUAAAAAUGCCAGAUGCCAAUAACAGUGCAGAUCAGCUGUGCAGACAGAGGAGAGGAUUUGUGCCUCCUGCCAUCACUACUCGUCCUGCCGAGAGUUCUGGACUCCUGAGUUCGGGUAGAGCACCAGAUCUGGCCGCGGAGAUGAUAGACAGCUACCAUUUAAACACAGACCAAGCAGCCGCUCUCUAUCAGAUUGCCAAGAUGAUGGAAGGGAGUAACAAUCCAGACAAUUGCAGUGGGCAGGACUUGCUGCCUAUAACAAUUGUACAUGGAGUCUUUGGAGCUGGGAAGAGUUACUUGCUGGCAGUGAUUGUUCUCUUCCUGGUGCGUCUCUUUGCUGAAAUCAAGGCUGCUGAUGGCCCAAGACGGACUUCGUGGAAACUUCUCAUCUCUUCCUCUACUAACGUAGCUGUUGACAGAGUACUUCUUGGCCUUCUAGAACUUGGGUUUGAUAGAUUCAUCAGAGUUGGAAGCGUAAGGAAAAUUGCCAGACCUGUCUUACCACACAGUCUGCAUGCAGGGAGUGACAGUGAGCAGCUGCGGGAGCUGCAGACCCUUCUGCGAGGGGACCUGAGCAACAUAGAGAAGGUUUAUGUGAGGAAGAGUAUUGAACAGCACAAACUGGGCAGAAACAAGGGGUUGCUAAAGGAGAUACAAGUGGUAGGAGCCACCUGUGCAGCAUGCACAUUUCCUUGUAUGAAUAACCUGACAUUCCCUGUGGUCCUUUUGGAUGAGUGCAGUCAAAUAACAGAGCCAGCCUCUCUGCAGCCUAUUGCAAGGUUUGGCUGUGAGAAGCUGGUACUUGUUGGUGAUCCAAAGCAGCUGUCUCCCACCAUCCAGGGAUCUGAAGGUGCUCAUGAAGCUGGAAUGGAACAAACUCUGUUUGACCGCCUGUGUUUGAUGGGAUAUAAACCUGUUCUCUUGAGAACUCAGUACAGAUGCCAUCCUGCAAUCACUGCAAUAGCCAACAAACUUUUCUAUGAUGGCGCUCUCAUUGAUGGUAUCACAGAUUCAGAUCGAAGACCCCUGCUGGAUUGGUUACCAACUCUAUGUUUCUACAGUGUUAAAGGAACAGAGCAGAUACAAAACGAUGGCAGUUUUCACAAUAUUGAAGAAGCUGUCUUUACUCUUAAGCUUAUCCAGAGUUUGAUUGCCAGUGGAAUAGAGGGGUCGAUGAUUGGGGUGAUUACAUUAUACAAGUCUCAAAUGUACAAGAUUUCUAACUUACUGCACAGCGAUACAUACUGUGACCACAGUGAGGUUAAAGAUGUCCAGGUGUCCACAGUGGAUGCUUUUCAAGGAGCAGAAAAGGAGAUCAUUGUUUUGUCCUGUGUUAGGACCAAACAAGUAGGGUUUAUAGACUCUGAGAAGAGAAUGAAUGUGGCACUGACCAGAGGGAAGAGGCACCUGUUGAUAGUGGGAAACCUGCACUGCCUUCGCAAGAACAAGCUGUGGGAAAGAGUGAUUUGCCACUGUGAAGGUAGAGACAGUGGAUUAAAGCAUUCUUACCAACUUGAGGGGCAGCUGGACAGCAUCAUGAAAGCUUACCUGGACAAGAAGAAUGAAGAAAGGAGGAAUACUAAAACAAAGAAGGGCCCCAAAACCUCAAAAAAUGCUCAACCACAAAAUGAGGUAACAUCUGGUAGCCCAGUGGAUCUAACAAGACGUUUACCAGAAACACAAGAUCAAAAUGAAAACAAAACCAGUUUUUACUUGGAGAAUGAGAAGAAAAAAAAACAACUGCAAAUAUGAAGAGAUUUUUAACAUUGGCAGCUGUGUGGAAUCCCUGCCAGGUCUGGUCUGUGAAGAGGACCUUUGGGAUGAAGAUGUUUUUUUUUUUUUUUAACUUGAGGGGACUGCUAUAUGACUACCCACAUCCAAGACAUGUGUGUAACAUUUAAGAUUGGAACUGUACACAAAAGUCAGAAACUGAUUUCUGCAGUGCUAGAUGAGUACAAAAUUUAAAAUAAAUAAAUAAAUAAAUACAGAAGCUAUGGAUAUUGGUAGGCUUUUGUUUUUGCCACUUCUGUCUUUGUUUUUAUUAUUUUUCAACAACCCUGUGUCUUAAUCCACCUAUC